CUUGGACACUAAAGGGAAGAGAACUAGGCCAGUGCUAUUGCCAUCACAUCUUUCAAAAUUCAACUCCCAGCAGCCGCACCGUGCUUGAAGUGAUAGAGUGGUUUUGCGUUUUGCUCUGCCGUUAGAACACCCUGGUUUCGAUGAUUAUGAUUUGUGAUUACGUCGUUAAUCAGAAAAAUUAGGGCAUUUCUGUUAUGGAGAUGUGGAUUUUGAUGUGCUUAUGAUAAAUGUGGGCGCAACAGAGCAUUGAUCAUCUUGUAUUUGAGAGGCAAUGGCAGUAGCCAAGCCUUGGCGGGCGCCUCCAAACGCCUCUCUUGUAACCUCCAUAACUUCACUCCUUCAAACCCUAAAUCCCCAGAACUCUAACAUCAGUUCGCUACCCCUUAACCAAUUCUCUUCUUAUCUCAAUCCAGAGUUGGUUAUCCAAGUAAUUAAGAACCAGGACAACCCCUUCCACGCUCUCUUCUUCUUCAACUGGGCCUGCAACCCCCAACCCAACACUAAUAACUACUGCCAUACUCGCUCCUGUUACGUCGCCAUCACUGACGUCUUACUUUCCCACUCCCUUUUCUCCACCGCCUUCUCCCUCCUUCACCACUCUCGCGAAGUCUCCGACUAUAUCAUCGCCAGAUUCAUCAAAGCCUUCGGUGAUCGUGGUGAUAUUAGGGGUGCCAUUCAUUGGUUCCACUACGUCAAAUCGUUUGAAAGAGGCCGUUGUUUGUGCUCCUAUAAUUCGAUUUUAGGUGUGUUGGUGAGAGCAAAUCGAACGAAUUUGGCCAAGGCUUUCUACGAUCAGCUUGUGAAGGAAGGUGUGGUGGUGCCUGAUGUUUAUACUUAUACCACGAUGAUUAGAGGCUUCUGUAAAAUGGGUAUGGUGGAGUGUGCCCAGAAGGUGUUCGAUGAAAUGAAGUGUGACCCGAACUCCGUCACUUACAACACAAUGAUCAAUGCAUUUUGUAAGAAAGGUGAUAUGGCGAGUGCCACAAGGAUUCUUCAUCAAAUGAUUGAAAGUAAGAAAUGUGUACCAGAUGUGGUAACUUACACGACUUUGAUUGAUGGUUACUCUAAGAAAGGAGAAUCGCACGAGGCAAUGAAGUAUAUGAUGGAGAUGGCGAAGCAUGGUUGUGACCCUAAUGUGUUGACCUACAAUGCACUCAUAGAGGGUCUUUGUCUAAGCGGAAAGGUAGAUGAAGGGAAGAGGAUGAUGACUAGGAUGCGGUUAAGUGGCUUAAGAGACGAUAUUGUCACACAUACGAGCAUAUUGAAGGGAUUUUGCAUAGUGGGCAAGUCUGAUGAAGCUUUCAAGCAUAUCAAGGAAAUGGUUAGUCUUGGGAUGAAUCCAGAUGUGAAGUCAUAUGGCAUUAUUGUUAACGAGUGUUGCAAAAUUAGAAAACCAGAAGAAGCAAUUUCACUUCUAAGGGAAAUGAGGGCCAGGGGCAUUAAGCCAAGUGUGUCGAGUUUCAAUGCAGUAUUCAGAGUUCUUGUGGGCAUGGGGAGGCUGCAAGAUGCCAUUCUUCUUUUAAAGCAGAUGCCAGAAUUUGGCUGCUCGCCUAAUUUCUUAUCAUACAGCGAAGUGGUAUGUGGCCUUUGUAAAGUGAAGGGUAGGAUGCUAGAAGUUGAAGAGCUGGUUAGGGACAUGCUUCGGAAUGGAUAUAAGCUGGAUGCUACCAUGUACAGCUGCUUACUUAGGGGGUACUGUGAGGACGGCAAUGAGCAAAUGGCACUGCAGACGGUUCAUGACAUGAUUAGCGAUAACUUUGUUGUUAGUUUAGAUACCUUCUCUAAAUUUGUCAGUGUGUUGUUCGCAAAGGGAUAUAACAAAGAGGUUGAGAUGGUACAUGAAGAGAUGAUCAGCAGAUGCCCUGUACCUGAACCCGACGCAGAGGCAUACAAAAUGGCUUUACUUUCAACUGUGGAUUCAUACUUACGUUCGGCAGAGUAAGAAGGGGAAAUUCAUGUGGUUAUGAUUUAAAAAAGAAAUCAUAAUUCCCACCGUAAUUUAAACAUACAGUAUGCGGAAGAGGGCAAGGAUGUUGAAGGCUUUUAAUCAGGCCCAGGCUCCUUGUUGUUCAUUGGACAUUGGAGCAGGUCUCUGAACGUGUGCAGGGGUAAUUUUCGCAAGCCAUUAGAAUCCGAUUCUGGUCUGGGACUGUUAAACACGGAGAUCAGUGUGUCGAUGUUCAAACCGACCUUAAUCUCUCCUACCCUUCCCGAGUGGUAGGUUUUGAAAUGGAUUGAAGCAAAAUCCCAAAGCUGUACACAUCACAGCUCUCUGAAACCGCUCUAGUGAGUUGGAAUGAUCAACAAGUUGAACAAUAACCCAAGUCCGAGGGUAAAGUCAGGUUUCUAGUUCUUGGUUGGAACCACUAGCUCUAGCAUCAAAUUGCAAUGUCGGGGAUGUGUUGUGUGAUGAGGUGGAAUUUCAACACGCUGGUUGUCACUAGUUCCGCAUUCAUGCUAGUGAGCUUGCCCCUGAAUCCGCGAAAAGUAGUGAUGCUCAAAUUCAAGGUCAAAGAAGCUGUGGAUUUGGUGGGUUUAAGCAUGAGAGAAAGGGUAUCAAGCAAAUGCAUUUUAAGGGAAGGAUGGGGAUUGGCAAACCAACAGCAAGCUGUGGGUGGUGUGAGUUUGUUAAAUUCACAGAUGAUGUGUUGAAAACAACAAGGGUGAGAUUGAUUAUUGUUAUGAAGUGUUCAAAACAUUAGAGUUUUAAGCACUUUGUUAUUUAAACAUCAGAAAAAGGGUGGAAUUGCUUUAUUUUUAU